CAACCCAACUUCAGUGAGAUCUUGAUCAGGAGGAGACCUGCAGCUAUUCGAUAACCUAUACUCAGAUGAAACCCCAAGGAAACGAAAUGGCCAACGGUUUAACUCCAAACAAUGGCUUGGAUCUGAACGACCCCUCGCAAUACCACACCGAUGGUCAGCUCUUUUUGACUGAAGCUUUUAAAAUCAUCAUGACAGAAGUGCUACGCAAGGGUACAGAUGUGAACGAGAAGGUGUGUGAGUGGCGGGACCCAGACGAGCUGUCAGCGCUGCUGGACCUGGAGCUGAGGGACAAGGGCGAGGAGCAACCCCAGCUGCUCCAGAGGGUCCAGGACGUGGCCAAGUACAGCGUCAAGACCAGUCACCCUCGGUUCUUAAACCAGCAGUUUGCCGGGGUGGACUACCAUUCACUGACAGGACGCUUUCUCACUGAGGCUCUCAACACAAGCCAGUAUACGUACGAGGCGGCGCCGGUAUUUGUUCUGAUGGAGAACGAGGUGCUGAGGAAGAUGCGUGCGAUGGUCGGGUGGACCGACGGGGACGGCAUUUUCUGCCCGGGAGGCUCUAUCUCCAAUAUGUACGCUCUCAACUUGGCACGCUACAAGACCUUUCCGCAGGUCAAAGGUCAAGGGCUCUGGGCCCUUCCACGACUAGCUGUGUUUGCAUCCAAAGAGAGCCACUACUCUGUGCAGAAAGGAGCUUCAUUCCUGGGCAUUGGGAUGGACAACGUCUUCGUGGUGAAGGCUGACAGCAGGGGUUGCAUGAUUCCAGAGGAUCUGGAUGAGAAAAUAGCACUGGCCAAAUCACAAGGUGCAGUUCCUCUCCUCGUCCACGCCACGUCAGGAACCACCGUGCUGGGCUCCUUCGACGAUCUCAACCGCACGGCUGAUGUCUGUCAGAAACACAAGAUAUGGAUGCAUGUAGAUGCAGCAUGGGGAGCAAGUGUGCUGUUCUCCAAGCAACAUAGGCAUCUCAUGAAUGGAGUCAACAGAGCCGAUUCAGUGACUUGGAAUCCACACAAGAUGCUUCUGACAGGCUUGCAGUGCUCUGUCAUUCUUCUCAAGGAUACCACGGGCCUGUUGAAUCAGAGCCAUUCUGCCAGUGCCACAUACCUCUUCCAGCAGGAUAAGUUCUAUGACAUGAGUCUGGACACAGGGGACAAGUCCAUCCAGUGUGGCCGCAAAGUGGACUGUCUGAAGCUGUGGCUGAUGUGGAAGGCUUUGGGUUCUGAAGGCUUUGCGGCCCGUAUCGAUAAGGCAUUUGCCCUCGCAAGAUAUGUAACAGAGGAGUUGGUAAAAAGGGAUGGGUUUCAACUUCUGGAGAAGCCGCAGUAUGUGAACGUGUGCUUUUGGUUCAUACCACCCAGUCUAAGGGGAAAGAAUAAGGAUGCAGACUACCAAGAAAGGCUGGCAAAGGUGGCUCCUGUGGUGAAGGAGCGCAUGACGAAGAAGGGGAGCAUGAUGGUGGGGUACCAGCCACAAGGAGACAACGUCAACUUUUUCCGCUUGGUGGUCCUUUCUCCUUACGUGUCCCAACAAGACAUGGACUUUUUCCUGGAUGAAAUAGAGAGGCUGGGGAAGGAUCUGUAAUAGAUUUGCACUGAUUGUUAGAGGCCAUUACAGGUCAUUAACGAAUAUGUAAAAAAUGCAUUGUAUUCCAUAUUGCAUUUCUCAUGCAUGGUUCAUUUGAUUUAUAUUCAUGUUUGUAUUAUCCGGGUGGUAGUGGAUGUCAGUAGAAAUAAUUGUUACAUGUUUACCAAUCUAACAGUGAUGAAAAAGUUGGGGAAGAAGUAUUAUGACAGAUUCACCUAAUUUGUUUCUUCAUACCUACAUAUACAACCAUGCAGACCAGCUUCAAAUAUAAACUGUACUUGAUAGUGUAUAUGAAUGUAUUAUUGUUCAGUGCAUAAGCAAUGUCAUUCCAUAAAUACAUACAUACCAAAUAUUA